AUGACACUGAUAACACUAACAACACUGAGUGUGAGCCAUGGAGUGACGUCCCUCUACAGAGGGAAGGCGAAGGAGAUCCUCCUCAUCGCCAGCGUACUGCUAGCACUGCCGACACUGUACGACUGGUACGAACUAGAGGUGUACUACACCACCGACGGUCUAUCGGACGUCCUGAUCAUCCUGACGGCCUACCUAGUACCCCUGGCGAUGGUGUCCAACUGGAACACCAUCGGUGAGCGAACCUACUACGAGCUCGUCCUGCUACUAGGAGCAGUGAUCCUCCUCAACUUCAUGUGCCAAGACAUGCUGGCCUUCUACAUCUACUUCGAAGCCUCCCUAGUCCCUCUCUUCCUCAUGAUAGGGCUCUACGGGGCAGCCAACAGGGAGAAGGCAGCCGACUACGUCCUCAUCUACACACUUGUAUCGUCCCUGUUCAUGCUAGUAGCCUUCAGCCUCUAUGAGGUCAUGAUGAGCAGCACGACGUACCAAGAGGCAAGCAUGAUGGUCCUAUCCAUAGACCUACAGUGCAUCCUCUUCCUCUCCAUAAGCUUAGGGAUCAUGGUCAAGACGCCUCUAGCGCCUCUACACACCUGACUGCCCGUGGUACACUCAGAGUCACCCUUAGCAGGGUCCAUCCUGCUAGCAGGAGUGAUACUGAAGCUAGCGGUGUACGCCAUAGUCCGCCUGAUCCUGCCGUCCCUCACGGAAGCAGCAACCCUCUACACCCCUGUGGUGUACGUGGUGUGCUUGAUCACCAUCGUGUACACUUCCCUCAUCACCCUCCGUCAGACUGACAUGAAGGUCAUAGUAGCAUACAGCUCGAUCUCCCACAUGGCAGUCUGCAUCCUAGGGCUACUGAGCAAUACGGUGACAGGGCUGACGGGUAGCCUGGUGCUGUCCCUAGCCCACGGGCUAGUCUCACCAGCUCUCUUCAUCAUCGUGGGAGGGGUACUGUACGACCGGUACCACAACAGACUGGUGUACUACUACCAAGGGCUACUAGGCUACAUGCCAGUGCUAGCCACCUUCCUCCUAGUGCUAAGCUUCGCCAACGUAGGGACACCUCUGACCCUCAACUUCAUCGGGGAACUACUGUCACUGUCAGGAGCAGUAGCACGUGCCCCAGUGCUAGGAGCUCUAGCCAUCGGAUCAGUGCUACUAUCAGCAGCCUACCAGAUGAAGCUGACCAACCGUCUGACCGGAGGAGUCAAGACCCCUUACAUCGCCUUGACAGCAGACUGUACACGUAGAGAGAGAAGCAUCCUACUGCUACUAACCGUCCCAACGGUGUACCUAGGGGUGCAACCACAAGCCCUCUUAGACUACCUAUGGGACCUCAGCAGCCUGGUCUACUCAAGCUAG